AUGCAGGCCAGCAAUCCAGCAGUGGUGGACGCUCAACUGCCUCCCGCGCCCCCUCCCUAUGUCGAAGUCGAAUCCGUUGGUCCGUUGGAGCCAACGGAUCCCAUGCCGCCCCUGGUGGGCUCGCACGAAGACCUCGGCGAUGUCGACUUUGCCGACCUAGAGGUCUCGGGCCCAGGUGCCGCUUCGCGUGCGGCCGUUGUCGCCGACGGAACAGUCAGCGUGUGGCUAGACGUCAAGAAGGAGCUUCCCGAGCUGCCCCAGCUGCUGGUCCCGCCUCGCCGGAUCCCAGAGGUUGCGGUCGACAUCAAUGGCGGAACAGACUGCCCUCCCCUGAACAUUGUCAUCUUUGUCGUGGGCUCCCGAGGUGACGUGCAGCCGUAUCUCGCGCUCGCACUGCGUCUCAUUGAGACGAACGGCCAUCGUGUGCGCAUCGCGACACAUCCGAGCUUCAAGGACCUGGUUCUGGGCGGGAACAAGCUCCUGGGGAAGAGCGAGCAGUUUGGCAACCUCGCUGGACGGCUCGAGUUCUUCGACGUCGGCGGCGACCCUAAGGAGCUCAUGGCGUACAUGGUCAAGAACCCGGGCCUGAUGCCUGGCUUUGCCUCGCUCACCAACGGCGAUGUCUCGUCCAAGCGCCGAAUGACCGGUGACAUGCUGCAGGGCUUUUACCGCUCUUGCUUUGAAAACGACCCCGAGACCGAGGCACCGUUCGCAGCCGACGCCAUCAUAUCAAACCCACCGGCGUUUGCCAACAUUCACGUUGCCGAGUCGCUGGGUAUCCCUCUGAUCAUGUCCUUUACCAUGCCGUGGUCGCCGACCAACAAGUUUGCCCACCCGCUCGUCAACGUCCAGAGCUCCAAUGCCGAACCGGGCUUGACAAACUAUCUGAGCUAUGCGCUUGCCGACACUCUGAUGUGGCAGGGCCUCGGCGACAUCCUGAAUGGUUUCCGCGAGCAACUGGGUCUCGGCCCGCUUUCCAUGCUCACAGGGCCCAUGGCAACCGAACGCCUGCGGAUCCCAUUCACGUAUGCCUGGAGUGCAUCGCUCCUGCCCAAGCCUGACGAGUGGAAAGAGCACAUUGACAUUGUGGGCUUUUACUCGAUGCCCACGACGGUGACCUAUACCCCGGACGCUGCGCUGAGCGCGUUCCUGAAAGCGGGGACGCCCCCAGUGUACAUUGGCUUUGGGUCCAUUGUGGUCAAGAAUCCCGACGAGUUGACCAACCUCGUCCUCGAGGCGGUCGACAAGGCCGGGAUCCGCGCGAUCGUGAGCGCCGGUUGGUCGGAUCUCGGCGGCCUGGACCUUCCCGAAAGCGUGUUCCUCAUCAAAGGGGAUAUCCCACACGACUGGCUGUUCGCCGACGGCCGCGUGUCUGCCGUGUGUCACCACGGCGGCGCCGGCACGACGUCGGCGGGCCUCCGCGCCGGCCUGCCCACCAUCAUCAUCCCCUUCUUUGGCGACCAAAAGUUCUGGGGCACAGCCGUGGCGCUCGCCGGUGCUGGGCCCCAGCCCAUCCCGUACAAGCACUUGACUGCCGACAAGCUCACUGCCGCACUGGAGUUUGCCUUGUCCGACGCUGCGCGCCAGGCGGCUGGCGUUAUUGGCCAGUCGAUCCGCGCCGAGGACGGCACCAAGGCGGGGGUCGACAGCUUCCACGCACAUCUCCCACUGAACAACAUGCGCUGCGACCUGGAACCGUAUCGCGCGGCCCAGUGGUGGUCCAAAAAGCACUACCUGCGUCUGUCAAGCUUUGCGGCGGGAGUGCUGGUCCGCCGCGGCGUGAUCAAGUGGCGCCACCUCGUGCCCCUCCGUACGCGAGAAUACGAUACUAGCAGGACGUAUACCGACCCCAUCACUGCCGGCAGCCAGGCGCUGCUGGGCAUGCUGACGACCACGGUGACGGGAACGGCCCAGUUGUUCACAAAGCAACCUCAAAAGGGAUUGACCAAGCUCACUUGGGGCAUUGCCAAGGGCGGCGGCGAAGUGGUGGGAUCCAUGGCGGAUGGCUUUGAGAACGUGCCGGGAAUGCUCGGCACACGAGUUCGCCCACGACGCCGUGUCGACGGCAUUGCCACUGGACUCGCCGAGGGAGGCAAGUCGCUCAUGUACGGCUACAUGGACGCCAUGAGCGGGGUGGUCACGGAGCCGAUGGACGGAUACAAGCGAAGUGGCGCCGUUGGACUGGUAGCGGGCGUGGGCACCAGUUCGCUCAACCUUCUCGUGCGACCCCUCAGCGGAGCGUUCGGUGCCCUCGUACACCCCACUGUCGGCGCGUGGCGGAGCGCGCAGGCAUGGAGGGCACAAGGCGGCCCUGUCCGGGUUGCGCGGGAGCGAUCCAGCAUUGCUGCCGCUGCAUCGCUCACGGAUGCCGAGUGUUCUCAGUUCGUCGGCAAGUUUCGACACGCAAUGGUCGAGGAGAGGGUCAAGGGGCGCCGUAAAGCAGAGCGUGCCCGCCGGCGCGAGAUGGAGGCUGCGGAGAUGUACGCCGACUUGGAUCCUGAGGAGCGGGCGGCACUGGUCAAUCGAUCGUGGCAGGACCACCUCCUGCCCCCGCCGCGGCCUCGCAAGGCAAACAGCGCGGCCAACAGUGCGGCCAACAGCGCGAAUGCGUCCCCCGAGUCGUCAGACUACGAGUCGGUCGCGAGCUCGCGAAACUUGAGUCGUGUGGCUAGUCGGAGUAGCGGUGUGGUACCGCCUCCCUUGCCUCCCCGGCGAACCCAGGAGUUGACUGACAAGAUGGCCACUUUGUAG